GGUUUGAGUAUGCAUGACUGAGUAGACAAGCUUACUUCGAAGUCGCGGGGUUCCGGUUCCUAUUUCUCGACAUGCAGCUGUGUGUGAAGGAUAGCUGUGCAACCUUUGGCUCAGACAUGCAGUAGCCCCAUGUUUCCUUUAUUGUCUCCCGCUGGCAGCAGGACUGCAGGAUGCCAGUGGAUAAUGACGCCAGACCCUCUUGCUUUACAGACGGGGCUGAGCUUGCAAAGAACGAGAUCCCUGACACGGCCACUACGGUGCUGCUCGGGGAAUGUACACAUGGGACUGAGGAAUUCUACCACUUGCGUGCGGAGAUCAGCAAAUAUUUGAUGCAAAACAGAGGUUUCAACAUCAUCCUUUGUGAAAGCGACUGGACAUUCAUGUGGCACGUAAAUCAAUACGUCCACCGGAAAAAGAGCAAGAUGUUCCCGGAUGCAAGCCGCUUUCCUGACUGGAUGUGGAAGAAUCGACCCUUCUACGAGCUGGUGGAAUGGAUGAGAAAGCGAGCCUCUUCGGAUGGGCCCUACGUCUUUGGCAUGGACUGCUAUUGCAAGGAGGAGGCGAAAGAAGAGGUGCUCAAUUUCUUCGAUUUCUAUGACCGUGAUGGCCUGGGCAAGGAGUUUCGGCGUGCUUUGUAUCCGGUGGAGCAGCCAGAUCAGUGGCCCAGUAUUUUGGCCAAGCUGCAGUGGGAGUUUCAGGCAGACUCUGCUUCCAACGCACGGAGGAAGGCCAGCUACAGAACUACAGCGGAUGGCAGUUGCGGAAGCAUAGUCCUGGCCUCCAAGAAGUUUUGUGGCUGCUCCAAGCUGGACCAAUUCAAUGUGGAGCAAAACCUGGAAUGCAUGAUUGCAGCUGAUGAGUAUUACUCCAAACAGCGACUUGAACCACCAGGAUCUCGAGCAAGCUGGAAUGCACGUGACCAACAUAUGAUGACAACCAUCCUGAGACUUCGGGCGCACUCCCGAGAGCUCUUUGGGAUUGAUGAGAAGGAACUGAAGAUCAUAGUCUGGGCACAUAAUUCCCAUGUUGGCGAUGCAACUGCAACUCCCAUGGGAGGGAUGGACUUCCAGCGAAAUGAGAAGUGGAACCUGGGCCAGAUGUGCCGGAGUAAUUUGGAGUCGGUCUUUAUCGUCGGAUUCUAUGCCUACUGCGGGGAAGUGCGUGCAGCAAAGAAGUGGGGUGGCGAGGGGCAGGUGAUGAAGCUAUCUGCAGCCGUGCCCUACUCUUUCGAGCAUCGUUUGCAUGAGUGGUUCGCAGGAAAGUCUGCAAGCUUCCCACUAUACCGAUUUCGAGAUGCCUCCCAGAAGUUUGAGUAUGUGCCACUGAAGUCUCCUUUGAACAUCGAAUACCGAGCAGUUCAUCCAAUGGUCAGGGUCAACAAAGACUUGCACCCAAAUAACACCAUGGAAGAGGAAGGAUCGGAAGCAGAAGCUUUGAGGCACAAACAUCAAACUCUAGAUCCUCAGAAGUCCUUCAUCGCGGUGAAGCGUGUCCAGAUUGGAAAGAAUGGCGAAGUGAUUCGCCUCCAAAUCAAAGGCUACGACCGAGGUCAGUAUGAUGGCUGCUGGGUCACAGAAUACAGUAGAUAUGGCUCUCGGACUAUCCACUGUUUGCCGGCUGAUCAUUUGAAUGCUUUGUCUGGGCAAAACAUCAGUCCAGAAAAACUGCUGAUGGUUGCCAACUUUCCAAUCCUACAACGUUGGGUCGGAGUGCAGUAUCAUCCAGAAACGGAAAUCGAGUCACACUACGGCGAGAUGUCCAUUGCAAAAUGCUAUGAUCUUGCCGUUUUCGUUGACAAGACACAGGCGCUGAAUAUUGAUAUGACUCCAGCCGUGGCUGUCACAGUGUCUGCUGCCCUGGGCGAGGAGAAGGUGCCAGAAUCCGCCGCGGGCAAAGCAGUGGUCACGGCCAGUCACAAUCGCCGACUCAUGAUGGAGUACAGACGGAUUCUCAAGAAUCCCAUCGAUUUCAUAGAGGCGCGGCCUUUGGAUACCAAUAUUCUGGAAUGGCACUUCGUUAUGACGGGUAACCAAGAUCCGUACACUGGCGGCAAAUAUCAUGGCAUUCUAGAGUUUCCGGAUGAUUUUCCCAUGAAGCCACCAUCCAUAAAGCUGUUGACACCCAGCGGGCGCUUCGAAAUCAACAAGCGCAUCUGUCUUUCAAUGAGCGAUUUCCACAAAGAGUCUUGGAAUCCUAGCUGGACGGUCGAGAAAAUCCUCAUCGGCCUGAUGAGUUUUAUGUAUGAGGAGAACUCCGUGUCCAUUGGCUCGAUUUUGGAGCCCAAAGAGGAUCGACGGAGAUAUGCUGCAGCCUCUGCAUAUUUUAAUGCGCAGAACGAAAUUUAUGUACAGCUGUUCCAAACACCUGAUGAAGCAGAGGAGGAGGACAACAUCCGCAAGCUGCGCAAAGUGGCAGCAGCAGGCGGUGAAUCAGAGAGUGAAAAGGCUUGCAGAUAUUGCUUGGUUGAUUCUGGUGACUUAGUCGCCCCAUGCGAAUGCAAAGGGAGCGGCCAAUGGGUCCACCUGAGUUGCCUGCGGCAGUGGCAGAAGUCUGUGCUACUAACGCAGUCCACUCAUCCGAAGUACCAAACCCGAAUCGAUGAAAUUUGCAAUGUGUGUGAACGGCCUUUCAAAGAGGAGUUUAAGCCAAGAAGCCGCCGAGAGGCCUUGCUGGAAUACACCGGUGAGGAGCUGCCAAAGCUGAUACAGAAAGGGAAUCUUUUGGCGAGCUCCCGGCCGAAGUCCGAGAAGAAUGGAGAACUCAUGAGACAGCAACGGGGGACGCUGGCAGCGAGGUUGGGCCACUUCACAGAGGCUGUGUACAUCAUUUCCUUGUGCGAACCUUACAAUCCGAACAAACGUGGUGGAGGAGCGGUCCUCGGCGUCAACUUGGUCCAGAAGGUGCCAGAUCCCAUCGAACGAACUACACGGCCUUUGCUGAACCAGGGUCCCGACGUUGAGGUGACCACCUACCCUUUGAAAGAGUGGCGGCACCAUUAUGCUCCAUUGGUGCAGGUCCUGCAACAGGCUCGUGUCAUCGGCCCUGGUGCCGUAGAGCACUACCUGGGUGGUCCAGUGGAGCCUGCUGAGGCAUUUGCACUCAUCGACCUCCCUGCGACGUUGCUGGAAGCCGCGAAAGCGGCCAGCAAUGCAUCACUGGCGGAUCCAGGGGUAAGACGGCAGUUGGGCAGUUGCUUUGAGUUGCUGUCACCGCAGAGAAUAGCGCAAGUAUGCUCGAGGCUACGCGUCAAGGGGAGCAUUUACUUCGGUGAAUUGUCUGUGAUUCUGGCAUUGCUUGCCAGUGUCUUUGUACAUGUUGGUCCCAGCGACAGUGCCAUGUUGGGCGAUAAUCCUGUCAAGGUUUUUUGGGGGUAUGCCUCGUGGAAUGCCACCCAGCUGCUUGGAGAAAUUGCUCGGCGUGGCUGGGGAUUGGUGGUCACAGAUCCAAGUCUAUCUUUCUCAUGUUGGGACCAGAACGUUGCUUCAUGGGAGCGGGUGGUGGACAAGAGCAUCGUUGCUCGAGAAAGUGAGUAUUCCAAUUGACAGGUAGCGGCUGCAGACGCAAUUUGCUCGAGCAUUUUGCACAGGCUGAGUGGUGCUCGACACAA